CGGCACGAUUACAACUCUCGGUAGUAUGCCGCCCGACUUGACAACUUCGUUCUCGGAAAGUAUAUCUGAGCUGAACUGUUACAAUGAGCGAAGAGAAAGUCUACGUGAAUUCUGAAGCAACGACUGUUUUGUUGAAAAAGUUAAAUGAUCAGCGUUUGCAGACCAAAGAAUGUGAUUUCCUCCUUACUAAUGGAACCCAAUCACAAAAAGUGCACAGAUGUCUCGCACGCAUUCUAUCCCGGACUAUCGAUGAAACAGUAAAUCGAGAUCCGGAAUGCACGGAAUUUCAUGUGGCGAACAUAUCUGACAGUGCAUUUGAGGCUCUUGUGCAAUACGUCUAUACUUCAGAGCUUACUGUCAAUUCAGAAACAGCUCUGGAACUCUACGGCGCAGCAGAAAUUCUUGGGGUGGACUUCGUAGCGGAAAGUUGCUUGGACUACUUGAGUGGCAGAAUGUCAGUUGAAAAUUGUGUCGACUGUCUGACAUUCGCUGUGAACCGCAAAUGGAUCAUAAUGAGGAAUGAACUGGUAGAAUUUUGCGUACAGAAUUUCGGGGAAUUGAUUUUAACCGAAGGUUUCCUGAAGAUUCCACCUUUGGAAUUCAUUGAAAUUCUUGCAAAUCCUGGACUGUAUGUUUCAAAUGAACUUGCACUAUUCAAUGCAAUGCGCCGCUGGUGUAAUUACGAUUGGGCUAAUCGUGAACAGUACGCUAAAAGGUUAAGUGAGACCAUACGAUAUCAGCUAAUCCAAGUCAGCAGUCUGCUAGAUAUGCUGACGGAUUCGGAUAACUGUUUGUUUCAAGAACAUAUCCGACAAGCUUUGAUCGAAGUCGGGAAACUGGCCGAAGACGGUGUUCAUUCAAAGUGGGAUAGGAAAAGGAAUCCAAUCUCGGAUAUUCGGGACAAAAAUCAAAGUGUUGUUGAAGAUUCAGAACAGUCGAGUCUGCCAGAAACACAAAAGGUCACACUUCCCGGAAGAAUUCCAGUCAUCGCAGUGAUUGGCGGUCGCUCACAGGAAAAGAAGUUACUGCGGGAUAUUAUAUGCUUCCAAAUAAAUGCUGGUGGAAAUUCUGACACCAAACCUAACCUCAGUGUGAACGACGCAUCACUCCCUCUAUCAUUGAACACUUUAUCGAUCCGUUCUCUAAAGAACAUGCCAUGUCCACGCAAAGGAUUCGGAGCCCUAGUGUUCCAAAACAACUUGUUUGUGAUUGGUGGAAAAUCCUCGGGAUCCAUGCAAACAGUCGACGUGUACGAAGCUGCAAAUGACCGCUGGUUCACGGGUCCCCCACUACUUGUUGGACGCAGUUGGCACGGUGUGGCUGAGUGCAAUGGAAACAUUUAUGCCUUUGGCGGAUGCAGUGCCACAGGUGAAGCUUUAUCCCACUGUGAGAUGCUAGAUACACGAACAGGAGCAUGGCAAGCAAUCCCACCAUCUCCCCACCCACGCAUGAGUCACGGGGUUGCCGGUUCUGGAACACAGGCGUUUCUUGUUGGCGGGUUAGGGGAAAAUUCUGUCGACUGCUUUGAUAUCGUCGCUGAGAAGUGGUACGCAGUUGGAAACUUACAAGAAGAACAUGAAGCACCCGGAGUCAUAUGUCACGGUCGAUAUCUCUACGUGUUCGGGGGUGCCGGACGGCAUGGCUCAAUGACAUGCGUGGAACGAUACGAUAUCGAUCGAAAACAGUGGGAUUCCAUGGCUGUCAUGCCUGCUGCCACAGCAUUUUCAGCUACCGCAGUUUUUGAGGAUUUCGUCUUCCUUCUUGGAGGAAGAAGCAACUCCGGACCAUCCCAACGUGUACAGUUGUAUGAUCUAUGUCGGGAUCAAUGGCACAUACUUCCACAACAACUUCCAGCUGCCCGCUCAAGCGGCUGUGCUGUCGUUUUAUAUUCGAACCCCCCUACUGCAGGCCUACGAUGAAUUUUUCGAAAAAUGUAGGACCGAAUUCUGUCCAAUGGAGGUCAGAUGUUUCCCCCUAUCAUUUUCAUCCUACAUGCCGUUCUCUUUCAUUUGUACAAAAUCUUUCCCCCAGCUAAAACUGGCUUUUAUUCCUCUAACUGGGGGGGCGUACUACCUCUCAAGGCUGGCCAAAGCUAGUCUGAGAAGCAGCUUCAG